AUGCACCAGGUCGGCGUCGUCCUGUACCGCAACCUGAAAUUGCUCGUUGACAACUACGGCCCCUUUAUGCUCCUCCACUUCGGCACCAUCCCGACCUUCAUCGUCUGCUCUGCCCAGGCCGCCGAAGAUAUCAUGCGCGACCACGACGUGGUUUUCGUCGAGCGCCCCGGCCUCACCGUCGACUACGUCUUCUUCUUCGACUGGAGCGACCUGGCCUUUUGCCCCUAUAACAAGUACUGA